AUGGAGCUCGCCGUGGGCGCCUCCGAGAGUGCCAUGAGAUCCUUGAUCGGGAAGCUCGGCAGCCUCCUCGCCCAGGAGUACACGCUCAUCAGCAGCGUCCGCAGCGAGAUUCAGUACAUGAACAACGAGCUCGCCAGCAUGUACGCCUUCCUCCGGAAGCUCGGCAGGGCAGCUGCAGCCGGGGCCACCCACAACGAGCAAACUAAGGACUGGAUCGAGCAGGUCCGUGAUGUCGCCUACGACAUCGAGGACUGCGUCGACGAUUUUGCGCACCGUCUUGGCCGCCAGCCCCGCGGCGAGGGCCUCCUUGUCACCCUCCGCCAAGCGUGGUACACCAUGAACACGCUCUGGGCGCGCCGGGGCAUCGCCUCCAAGAUCAAAGACCUCAAGAACCGCUCACAUGAAGUCGGUGAACGCCGCACGAGGUACGGCGUGAAGGAUCCCAAUGAUGACCCAAGACCCAUCCAGGGCAACAAGCAGGGUGGGCCAGUUCGCCAGUAUGCCACCGAUCAUCUGCAACCUUUUGCGCCGCAGCUCAUCGGUAUAAUGGAGCCAGUGGGACAGGAGGAUGCCAUUGCUGAGCGUGGGCGGUGGCUGAUAGAGUCAGAGAGUGACAUGAAGAUUCUCGCCAUCGUCGGAUUUGGUGGCCUCGGUAAGACGACGAUGGCGCUGGCACUGCAACGCAGGUUUGGGGAGAAGUUUGAUUCCCGGGCAUGGGUGCAGGCUUCGCAGAAACUGAACCUGGAGUCGCUGCUGAGAGGCAUUCUCGAGCAGGUCAUGCCGCAGCAGGAUCCCGAGCGCAGAGGCGGCACUGGCACCUCAGAGGGCCGCUCUGAUGGAAUCGAAAGAUGGGGUGAGAAACAGCUCAAGGAUAAGCUCAAAGCACAGCUGGAACAUAAGAGUUACUUUCUCUUUAUAGAUGAUGUAUGGUCCGUACCGUCAUGGAAAAAAAUUUGGGAAUCUUUGCCCAGAAAUCAAAAGGGAAGUAGCAUAGUGGUGACUACAAGGUUCAAGUCUGUAGCAAAUGCCUGCUGCCAUCAUCAAGAACAUAUCUGCAUGCUUGAGCCACUCCCUCAUGUGGCAUCCAAACAGUUGUUCUUUGAAACAGUUACUGAUCCAAAGCCAGAAGAAUUCCAAGAAACCAAGGAUGAAAUUGUAAAGAAAUGUGGCGGUCUACCUUUGGCAACAGUUGCAGUGGCAGGGCUCUUAGCCAGAAGAGAUCUGACAGAAAAAAGCCAUUGGGAAACAGUGAAAGACUCUCUAAAUUCAGACUUGGAUAAGAAUCAUAGUCCUGAGGGCGUGACACAAAUUCUUAAUCUCUGCUACAAUGAUUUGCCUGCCGAUCUGAAGAAUUGUUUGUUAUACUUGAGCAUAUUCCCGAAAGGUUGCAGCAUCAACAGGAAGCGAUUAAUCAGGAGAUGGAUGUCUGAAGGUUUCAUUGCUGAGAAGGAUGGGAAAACAGUAGAGGAAGUUGCUGAGGACAGUUUCAGUGAGCUCAUAGGCAGAAAUAUAGUCCGGGCAGUGGAACAUAGCACCAAUGGCAAGGUGAAGGCUUGCCAAGUUCAUGAUAUGAUCCUUGAAUAUAUUGUCUCCAAGUCAGGCGAAGAGAAUUUUAUCACUGUUAUUGGAGGUCACUGGCUCACAGCAACACCAAGCAAUAAAGUCCGCCGGCUUUCUCUUCAUAACAGCAAUCCUGAUGAUAUUAAAGAGAAAAUAGAGAACAUGAUGUUCUUGUCACAUGUCCGAUCGCUAACAGUGUUUGAGAAUUUGCAUCAUCUGCCUUCUUAUUCAUUCAAGUCUGUUAUAUUGCAAGUGUUGGAUCUAGAAGGUUGCAAGAACUUAAAUACCAAUCAGCUGAAGAAAAUUUUUAAGAUGUUCCAACUGAAGUACCUGAGCCUACGCAAUAUGUACAUCAAGAAGCUCCCAUCAGAAAUUGGAAAACUCCAAUAUUUGGAGACACUGGAUGUUAGGGAGACAAAUGUGACAGAGUUGCCUUCAUCCAUUGGGUGUCUCCAAAAAAUGGUCCAUCUGCUUGGUGGCAACAAAUCCACACGUCUUUCCUUGAGAUUCACUGAAGAAAUUGCAAAGAUGACAGCGUUACAGACCCUAUCAGGGAUUGAGAUUAAUAGGGGUUCAACUCCAGAGCUUGGAAGCAUGCACAGCCUCACCAGAUUGAAGAAAUUAAGCAUCUACAACCUAAGAGGCUUCCAUACAAUCAACGAGUUAUUGCCUGCUAUUGAGCACCUAACUGGCUACUCCCUUAAGUCUCUUGCAAUUGAUGAUGGCUUCACGGGCUUUCUUGAUUCCAUGGAUGAUUUAUCCACUCCACCAAAAUACAUUCUCUCACUUGAUCUUUCUGGCAAGUUGCUUCGUGUGCCCAGAUGGAUAAAGGAGCUGGAGACUCUCGAGAAGUUAACUUUAUUGUUAACUUCACUGCAGACAGAUGGUUUGCAAGUUCUUUCCCAGCUCUCUAAGUUGUUUUCUCUUACAUUUUCAAUCAAUGCGAAAGGAAAUGAUAGCAGUGUUGUGGAGAUUCUACAGAAGAAUAAAAUGCAUUCAGGAGGCAAGAUCUUUGUACCGGCUGGUGGAUUUGUCAGUUGUAAGCAGCUAAGACUGUCGGCACCGGUGAUACCGUUGAUGAGCUUCCUAGAAGGGUCAAUGCCAGAACUUCAAAGACUUGAACUUCAGUUCAGGUUAUGCGAAGGUGCUUACGGUUUGGAAAACCUUGCAAGUCUUCAACAAGUUUAUCUAAGAGUCAGCAAGCAGGCUUCUGAUGCUACUAAGGAAAAAGUGUCUAAUGUCAGAAGUUCAGUAAGCAUGCAUCGGAAGAAACCCACAAUAGUAGUUGAUGAGUACUAUGAGUGA